AUUUAAUUAGUAUAGUAUUACUGCUUUGCUUGUGUGGGUAGUUAAUGCAAGAACAUUUUUAGCAAGCACACAUACGUAUAUGAAUAAAGGCUCAUCGACUACGUUCGACUAGGUGACGACGCUUGCGAAUACUGAGUUGCCAAUAUGUCACCACGAACAUAUCAAACGGAGCAGCUUGUACGACUUCAGGCUAGUGGACAAUCUGACCUGGAGAUCCUCGAAGACUUGAGAGACUUCACCAAAGCACGCGCCAAGUUAGAAAUAGACUAUGCGAACCAGUUGUCUAAGCUGGCGCAGCAGAGUCUCGGUAGGAGGCGAUGGCACGACCCUCGCAACAACCAGACCAAUGAACAUAUUUCCAGUCAAUUGGUGUAUAAGACAAUUCUCGAGAAAGCGGACAGCAUAGCGGGUAUGCAUCUCAAAGCGGGUGAGCGGCUGAACGCGUCUGUAAGCGAGGAAAUCAAGGCCAAGUGCCAACACAAGAAAGUGCACCUGAAGAAGUGUGCGGAGUCUCACUCUCGCUUCCAGGAUCGGUUCCAUCAACGCGCGCGUGAUUUGGACCAUCUCAGGAAGUUGUACAGUGAUCAGGAACGUAUAACACAAUACCAGUUAGAGAAGUGGGAUAAACAAAAGGACGGCUUGAGCAAGGGCAAAAAGAGUUUCAAGACCAUCACCAAAUCUAAGGAUGAGAUCAAAGAAAGAGUUCGCAAACAAGGUCAAAAGGUUGAGGAAUGCCAACAACGGGCGGACAAGGCCAGGAACGACUACCUCUUGGGCGUGGUUGCUAUGAACGCACAGCACAAAUACUACACCGAGAAGACUCUCCCCGAUUAUCUCUCACACGUCAACGAAGAUCACCACGCACAAAUUAAAGGUUAUAUGGAAGUCUACGCAGCUACACAUAGAGAAGUAGCACAAGCCGAAGUGGACUUUACGGAAGACAUCUCCGCGUCUGCCGCUAAGAUUGACAAAGAGUUCGAGGAGUCGUGCUUGCUGGGUGACUCGCUCUUCCAGGAUUUAUUCGAGGUCCACUUUGAGCCCUUCGGUAAGGACGAGGUCAGGGACAUUGACAACGGACCAAUGCAUGAAGUGGAAAACACAGCACUUAUGCAAAGGUAUGUGAAUAAUGCGCAAAAGGCCAGGAACACAGUGGAGAAGAAGAAAAAAGCUAUUGCGAGUACUGCCAGUAUGCAGCAGUUCCAGAGCGCAAACAUAGGUGACUCAGAUGCCGCAGCCACUCAAUCGAUUGAGGAAGUAGUGGCGAAUGAACGAGCCGAGAUGAUCGAAGCCGAAUGGGAAGUUAUCCGCAACGAGGCACGCAUUGCCCGACUCGAAAGUGUUGGAGUGCCGGUGCCAGAGAGUGCCGCAGAAGAGCACUUGACUGCCACAGAAGGAGAUGCACAUAGUCUGGCCUCAUGGAGAGGGUCGUCGGGAGUGUCAUUAAAUGCUUCUCAGGCACCCCCGGGAGACGCCACUGGCAGCAUCAACAGUAUGGAUGCUGACUUUGACGACCACGCUGUCGCACAACCACCGACAGCCGCCCCACCCCGUCCCUCAGCACGACCUGUUUCCAAUGCAUUCGCACCCACACUUCUCGCACAGUACGCAUACGAUGCCACAGCUGACGAUGAGUUGACGAUCACAGAGGGAGAAGGCUUGUGUGAAGAAUUCCCCGAUGAUGAGGGGUGGACGUGUGUGCGCAACUCUCAGGGUCUUGUUGGACUGGUUCCAACGUCUUACUUAGCGUCUAUCUCCAACUCAAGCUCUUCACCAGAACCAGCUGCCACCUGCAUUCCGCAAGUAACUAUAGACGCCGGGCCUGUAGCAAUAGCCCAGUACGACCACGAAGGGACGGGCGAUCCCAACGAGCUGCUGUUUGAAGAAGGCGAUCGUAUCACAGUCACUCAGUUCGAUGAGGACGAUGAUGGUUUCUGGAUGGGCAGCUGUAAUGGAAGGACGGGAGUGUUCCCAUCUUUACUGGUGGAGCUGGAGGAGUGACCAAUCGAGAAUUCAGGUGCUAUAGAAAUGUGUUUCAGCAAACAUGUGACAUGAAGCGCAAUCAAAUGAGAGCGCGUGACCUGAUGAUGAUAUGCCGAAGCGAAGACAUGUUAGUGACCGCGACAACGCAACGUAGUAUAGUGCAGUGUAGGUUAUGGUGUGAACUUCUGAAAUAAAUAUAUCGCUCUCGAUGGUGGUGAAG